UUAAGUCACACCACCUUCUUUCUCCUUCCCACUCCAGUAGUACUUCAAACUUCUCUACAAGUCUCCGUCCACCGCAAUGAGGCAAGCGCCACCUCUCACCGCCGUGCUUGUCCUCCCAGUACUCUUCUUGUUAUUCUUAUCCUCCACCAGCCAUGCGCACAAUAUCACGACCAUACUCGCCAAAAAUCCCGAAUUCUCGACAUUCAACCACUACCUCACCCUCACCCACCUCGCCUCUGAGAUCAACCGCCGCCUGACCAUCACUGUCCUCGCCGUGGACAAUGCCGCCAUGUCAUCCCUCCUCUCCAAGCACCUCUCUCUCUCCACCAUAAAAAACGUGCUCUCCCUCCACGUCCUAGUUGACUACUUUGGUUCCAAAAAACUUCACCAGAUCACGAAUGGUACUGCCUUGACUGCCACCAUGUACCAAGCCACCGGCGCCGCCCCUGGAUCCUCAGGCUACGUCAACAUCACCGACCUUAAAGGCGGCAAAGUUGGGUUUGGUGCUGCGGACAAUGGUGGCAACCUUGAUGCUGUUUAUGUGAAGGCUGUUCACGAGACUCCGUACAAUAUCUCUGUCUUACAAAUCAGUCAGGUUUUAACGUCGGCUGAAGCUGAAGCACCAACGGCAGGACCAAGCGAUCUGAAUUUAACAGCUAUCCUGUCCAAGCAAGGCUGCAAAGCCUUCGCCGACUUGCUCAUAUCCUCGGGAGCCGACAAGACAUUCCAAGAGAGCAUCGACGGAGGAUUAACGGUGUUCUGCCCGACCGACACCGUCAUCAAUGGUUUCACGCCAAAGUACAAGAACUUAACGGCUCCCCAGAAGGUGUCGCUGCUGUUAUAUCACGGCAUCCCCGUGUACCAGUCCAUGCAAAUGUUGAAGUCCAGUAACGGCGUCGUGAACACGCUGGCCACAGACGGAGCCAACAAGUACGACUUCACCGUGCAAAAUGACGGCGAGGAGGUGACGUUAAAGACGAAGGUUGUGACGGUGAAGAUAACGGGGACGGUGAAGGAUGAGGAGCCACUAGUUGUGUAUAAGAUUGACAAGGUUUUGUUGCCUAGGGAGUUGUUUAAGGUGGCACCGACAGCACCUGCACCGAAGGCUUCACCUAAGGAUAAGGCUAAGGCUAAGGCUGAGGCCCCUUCAGAGGCUGAUGCACCCGCGGGUGAUACUGUGGGAGAUCAAACGGCCGAUAGUAAUGGGGCUGGAGGAGUGGAUGGUGGGAGAUUGGCCAUGGUGUUUUUUAGUUUUUGUGUGGGGGUUCUGGUGCUAUGAUUGGUGGGUACCAUGCAUGAGGUGACACCCUGGCGCCACAUGCAUAUAUAAGUUCCAUUGCCAUGCAGCUCAAUUUAAUUUCCAUGUGAGAGAUUUUAUUUUUUUUUCUUUUCUUGAUACAACAAUUUACUUGUGGAGGAAAAAAGAAAUAAGAGUCAUAUUUGCUUGGGCCCAUUUGUCAUGAUGUUUAUGUCUUGUAUAGGUGCCAUUAAUUUAGUUGUCAUGUUCUAUGUAAUCUGUACAAUGUACACAUGAUUGCUUCCUAAUUGAGGUGCAUAUUUUAUUUUCCUUGUUUUAAA